AUGGAAAAAUUCAGAUACUUAAGAACACUUAGCUCUAUGGUCGACCAGAAGUAUAUAAUCCUUCUCGGCUUAAUUCCUACUGAAAAAGAUGGAGAAGAAGUUGAAAUUCCAGCUAUUGCUAAAUUACAGAAGAAAGAAUUCGAAAUCGAAGAGCUCGUGGACUCAGAGACAAACAAGCUCAAGAUAGAAAAAGCAGAUGAGUUCUUCAGGAAUGAUGCUUUUGGUAAGCAUGCACUGGACUUUCAAAAUGAAGAAGAAUAUCUAUUUGAAUUUUAACCACUCCAUAAUAUCUACAGUAAUUUUUGUCAGAGAAUAGGAAACUGAGCCUAAUUCAAUAAUUUAGUGAAAUACAGAGCACUUUUCCCUGAUGCAAGCAUUAUUAAUUCAGAGAUCAUAUCUCCUGCUCCGGAAAAGCUCAUUUUGAAGUAUACUGAGCAGGAUAAAGUAUUCAUUGAAGAGACUCCUGAGGUGUAUGAGAAGGUAACAAAACCUUUCUUUGAUAGCGUACCAGAAAGCUCAAUCCAAUGGGUGUACAAUAUCCUAGAUGGCACAAAAGAAGUAGAAAAUAGAGUAAUGGACCACCCUGUUGAAGAAUAUAAAGAUGAUGCCUACAUUCUAAUGAAAGAUCUCAAGUUCCAUGAAGGAGACAUUAGAAGUUUGUACCUCAACACAUAUGUAUACAGAAAGGAUCUCAAGUCUUUGAGAGAUCUUAAUGAGACCCAUUUGGAUAUGCUUGAAAGCAUGUAUAAUGAUGGUUUAGAGGCUAUAUCGGAGAAGUUUAAGGUUGCUAAGAAUACGAUAGCUGUAUUUAUUCACUAUCUCCCUACUUAUUAUCACUUGCAUAUACAUUUCUGUCAUCAGAAGUACAUGGAAGGGUAUUCAGCUAAUAUUGGGAAAUGAAUCAUGCUGAAAGAUGUCAUACAAAACAUCAAACUAAAAGGUUCCUACUACCAAGAAGCUACCAUGACGAUCACACUUGGACAAAAAGAGAAGCUGUACUUGUUAAUGAAAGAAGCAGGAUAUAUUAUCGAAUAAAUUAGCUUGCUAUGAUCUUGAUUCAAU